CAGUUUCGCUUUCACCAAAACCUCCAAAUUAAUCUCACACCCAUCUCUCUCUCUCCCUCUCUCUGUAACGUUUAUAUAUAAUGUAUAUAUAUAGUCAUACGCUCUCCAAUUUCUCUCUCUCUCUCUCUCUUAAUCAUCAUCAGAUAUCAGUGGUGAAUCGAAUUGAUGAAAAUAGCUUAUAAAAAUCAAAAUUGAAAAAAUGAGUCCAAUUUCAACUCUAACAAUCUCCAGAAGAUUCAUCCAAACCUCCGACGUCGAUUCCUUCAAUGGCAAUCCCGAAACUUCCGCCGCCGCCGCCGCCGCCAGAAAUCCGCCGCUCCAAGCCGCCCCAGUCUUCGACUCCUCCAUGGCCGUCACAAUCCUAGUCCUCCUCACCGCCCUCUUCUUCCUCGCCUUCUUCUCCAUCUACAUCCGCCGCUUCGCCUCCGACACCGCCGCCGCCGUACCGCCUCCUCAACACCGCAAGUGCUCCGGCGGAGGACUCGACACGUCGGCCGUUGAUUCGCUGCCGCUUGUUCCCUACGGUGGGGCCGCGAAGCACAGGAUGAUCGAGGAGUGCCCGAUCUGCUUGGGCGAGUUCAGUGAGACGGAGACGGUUAAAAUGAUUCCCUACUGCCGCCACGUGUUCCAUCCGAGCUGUAUCGACACGUGGCUCGCGUCGCACGUGACCUGCCCCCUGUGCCGCUCCGCUGAGCUGUUCAAGGCCACCGAUGAGAUUUGUUUGGACGUCGAGAUUGGUGUCAGGCGAGCCUGUAGUUGCUCUGAUCUCCCUAAUCCGACGCCGUUUCGUAGAACCGCUAGUUUUUAAUCCAAACUAUUGUACUAGUACCUUUUUAUUUCAAUUUCCAAUUUUUGGUUACUAAAUCAUGACAUUUUAAUUUGUCCCCUCCAAUUAUAUUGAAACUAAUGUAAUGACACCGAAUGUAAAUCAUCCAUAAUUUUUUUAUUUCAAUUUCAAGAUAA